CAGGGCGCUUUGUUCCAUUUUGGCACCAAAAUUUUUGAAAUCCCCAAUUCCUUCGUCUUUUCUCCAUUUUUUUUAUUUAGGGUUUUCUCCUAAACCUCUGAAUCUAGGGUUUGUGUUCGAUUCAGCUGUCUCCUUUUUGGGCGUGAUUCCUCUCGAUUCCCCCUGUUUGGUGGUCUUCCGAUGAGUACUGAAACCCUAGAGGAGAAGAAACCGCAGGCUGAAGCUCCGGCGGAGGAGGAGGAUGGUGUUGCCGAUUCCGUGAAGGAGACGGUUUCCGAGAAAGCUGUUUCUCGGGAAAGUGACGAGGCGGAAGAAAAGGACGAAGCGGAGGAAAAAGAGGAAGAAGAUGACGGAGAAAGCAAGGAGGAAGAGGCGGAUAAGAAGGGAAGUGGAAGAAAGAAAUCGGCGGAGAAGGAGCCGGUAACGCCGGUCAGUGACAGGCCCACGAGGGAGAGAAAGAAGGUCGAGCGUUAUUCGCUGCCCACUCCUUCACGGUCCUCUGCAAGCAAGUCUGUGUCGAUUGAGAAGGGUCGUGGAGCGAGGCUCAGAGAGAUACCAAAUGUGGCUUAUAAACUAUCCAAGAGAAAACCUGAUGACAAUCUGCUCUUACUUCACACCAUUCUUUAUGGGAAGAAAGCAAAGGCACAGGUGCUAAAGAAAAAUAUUGGUCAGUUUUCAGGCUUUGUAUGGUCAGAGAAAGAGGAGGAGAAACAAAGGGCAAGAAUGAAGGAAAAGCUCGAGAAAUGUAUCAAGGAAAAAUUAAUUGAUUUCUGCGAUGUGCUGGAUAUACCUAUAAACAAGAGUAUUGUGAAGAAGGAAGAACUCUCUGUGAAAGUGCUGGAAUUUUUGGAAUAUCCCAAGGCAACAAGAGAUACCUUACUUGCUGAUAGGGAAAAGAAAACGAAGAAACGCAAGGUUACUCCAAAAAAUGAGAGUUCUGGUGAAGCAUCUGAAGUUGCAACCAAGAGAAAACGGCAACCAAAGACAUCUGAAAAGAAGCGAAGUCAGCCAUCUGGAUCUGAAGAAGGCAAAGAAGAUGAAGGCGAUGGUGAUUCAGAAGGAACUAAUGAUUCCCAUGAAGAAGAUGAUGCACCACCGAGGGAAGAAAGUGACGACGAAGAUACCCAAACUGGGGAUGAAAAAGACGAAGCCGAGGAGGAGAGGUCACCCGAAAAGAAAAGCUCGUCGAAAAAGACUAUAGCAUCUGCCGAGGAAUCUCUGGGGAAAUCAUCAAAGGGUCAGAAGUCCUCCAAACAAACAACUAAAUCAAUGUCAUCCCUGACCAAGAAGCCGAAAGUUGAUUCCUCUAAAGAGAAAGGUAAAGAGAAAGCAGGCAAGAAAGGUGAAGCAGAGCCGACGAGAAAAGAGAUGCAUGAUGUGGUGGCCAAAAUUCUAAAGGAAGUGAACUUCGAUACGGUAACUCUAUCAGACAUUGCAAGGAAGCUUGGCAAGCAUUUUGGUGUGGAUCUCAUGCAUAGAAAAGCCGAAGUAAAGGACAUCAUCACAGAUGCAUUAAACGAGAUGACGGACGACGAUGAUGAUGAUGAUGAAGAAGAAGAAGACGGAGAGGAGGAAGACGAGAGAAACAUCGGUGAAAUCCAACAUGAGAAGGAAAAGGUAAACAAUUACGGAGAAAGGCAGCAACAACUAUAGAUAGGUUAUGUUUGGAGUUUUAAUUACAAAAAUAAAAUAAAAUAAAGGGCUUUCUGUUUGUACUGUGUAAUCUUUGCAGUUAGUUGAUCAGGCUUAUAUACAGCUUUUCUUCUUACCUGUGUAGAGAGAGAUGUUAGGGUUCUAACUUUAUCUUAAGGUAGGAUGUUGUUUUUGUGGGUUUAAUUUAAUUGGGAUAUUAAUAUUAUUGUUAAUUUAGUUGGAGUGAGAUUGCAGUGUUCUCUUCA